AUGGGGUUUAUCAUUGGUAAGAGUGACACUUCUGUAUUCAUUUUCCGACAUGGGAAUGAUAUGGCAUAUUUGCUACUAUAUGUUGACGAUAUUGUGUUGGUUACAUCCUUAGAUCACCUACGUGAAAGUAUGUGCAGUUGUAAACCUGCGGCAACUCCAGUGGAUACACAAUCCAAGCUUAGUGCAGACUCUGGACCUAAGUUUCAUGAUCCAACACUUUAUCGCAGUCUUGCAGGUGCAUUACAGUACUUCACUUUUACUCGCCUUGAUAUAGCUUAUGCAGUUCAGCAGGUCUGUUUAUUCAUGCAUGAUCCCAGAGAGGCUCAUUAUGAUGCAUUAAAACGCAUCCUGCGAGAUAUUCAGGGUACCAUUGAUCACGGGUUACAUUUAUAUCCUUCACCUCCUACAAACUUGAUUACAUAUACAAAUGUAGAUUGUGGCGGGUGUCCGGACACUCGUUGCUCGACCUCGGGUUAUUGUUGCUUUUUAGGGGACAAUCUUAUUUCCUGGUCUUCAAAGCGCCAGCUUACUCUUUCUAAAUCAAGUGUAGAGGCGGAAUACAGAGGCGUCGCAAACGUUGUUGCUGAGGCUUGUUGGCUUCGUAAUCUUCUUCUGGAGUUACAUUGUCCUCUUCGGUAG